ACAUCAGGGGACAUAACUCCGACAGGCUAGACUAUUUGUAGAUAGUUCGGACAGGUAGGAUUAGUUGUACCUAGUCCUUGGUUAUACAGACACUGACUACGUAACUGACCGAGCGAUGCCCACCAAAGGAUUGACAGAACGGCUGGCUGACGGUGGGACGUUAGUGGUGGCGGAAGGCUACUUGUACGAGUUUGAACGACGAGGUUUUCUGAAGGCCGGGGCAUUUGUACCGGAAGUAGUCCUAGAGCAUCCCGAACAACUACGCCUUCUCUCGGAAGAGUUCGUCCAUGCGGGCAGUGACACUGUAGUGGCAUACACGUACUACGGUCACCGAGAGAAACUACGUGCGAUAGGCCGAGAGGAUGACCUUGAGAAACUACAGAGGACGGCCCUUCAGAUAGCUCGGGAGGUGGCGGACAAGACGGGCGCUCUGAUGGCGGGAGACAUCUGUAACACAACAGUGUAUAACAAGGACGACCCCGAGACACACCGAGAGGUCAUGGAUAUGUUCAAAGAACAAGUGGAGUGGGCUUUGGAGUACAACGUAGACUAUAUCAUUGGGGAAACUUUCAAUGACUUUGGGGAAGCUCUUCUCGCUCUGGAGGCCAUCAAGAAAUACGGCAAAGGUGUUCCCGCCGUCAUAACGCUCGCUCCGUCCGGAGCCUAUCGUACGUUUGACGAUUACCUUUAUGGAGACGCUUGUCGGAAGCUGGAAGAGGCUGGCGCAGCUGUAGUUGGUGUCAACUGUAACAGGGGCCCGAAGAGCAUGCUUCCUAUUGUACGGGACAUUGUCAAAUGCUGCAAAGGACCAGUGGCAUGUCUGCCGAUUCCUUACCGUACGACUGAUGAACAGCCCACCAUGCAUUCUCUGAAAGACACGGACACAGGUAAGAUGGCUUUCCCCGAGGACCUUCCGGCCUGGCUCUGCAGUCGGACACAAAUUACGUCGUUCGCUCGCGAGGCCAAGGAGGUAGGCGUCCGCUAUAUCGGAUUGUGUUGUGGGAACGCGUCCUACUAUACCCGUAUCCUAGCCGAGGUUUAUGGCCGGACUCCUCCUGCAUCCAAAUAUUCACCCGAUAUGUCUCAACAUUUUGUAUACGGCGACGAGAAGUUUGCAAAGAAGUACUUCUCAGAUGGACUAAAGGCCAAGUAUGCAACCAAUGAAUAAACAUCGGUCAAUCCCGCCCUGAAGAAGCCGGCGUAGGUUUAGUAUCGGCGGUUACUCACUUCCACAUAGGGACUAGUCCCGGUCAUCCUGGCAUGAUGUACCUCCGAUUUCUUUAUGUGAAAUCAGCAUUUUGAACUAAUAAAAGUAAUCCUCUUGAUUCCAACAGUGUAGAAUUCACCUAUAUUACUCAUUUUCACUUGUAUAAAAUUCAGAGACAUAUUUUUUCGUGAUUGUCGUUAUAAUGGCGCCAGUUACUUUGUUAUAAUAUGUAUCGUGUUACAUCAUGAAAUAAAAUCUAAACAACACACAAA